AUGAUUUCACACUCUCUCGUCGCCCUCCUCGGCCUGGCCUCCGCCGUCAGCGCCAUGCCUCCCCGUCCUCGCACCCUCGCCGCCGACGACGUAAUCCUCCUCAACAACGACGGCUCCUCCCAGAUCAUGAAAGCCGCCGCCUACGACGCCCUCGAGGCCGCCGCCAUCGCCGCCCGGGCCCCGUCAUCCUCCUCCUCCUCCCACAACCUCACCAGCACCCCCGGCGUCGUCCGCCGCGGCUGCGCCCAGAGCACCGAGGUCCAGGUCACAUCCGACGAGAGCUUCCUCAACUGGGACGUCGCCAUCUCGCCGGUGGUCUCGGGCCAGGGCAACAGCCAGGCGACGGCGGGCGUCUCGAGCGGCUACGAGAUCGCCAACACGCUCGAGGUCGGCAGCGAGAUCACCUUCGGCAGCGACGAGAUCAUCGGCCUCUCCCUCGGCAUGAACCUCGACAUGACCUGGUCCUCCUCCCAGGAGAGCUCGCUCGAGUUCCAGGUCCCGGACGGCAAGUUCGGCGUCAUCGUCAGCCAGCCCUGGGUCCGCCGGGUCCAGGGCAACGUCUUCUCCGGAUGCACCGACAGCCCGGCCGUCUCGCCCUUCACCGCCGACGCGUACGAGAGCCAGUCCUACGGCAGCAUGAACUGGGUCAAGGGCGUCAUCCGCCUGUGCAGCAGCGAUACCUACCCCAUCCCGUUCUGCAACGGCAAUGGCCAACACAGCUAA